GCACCCUCGCCUCUGUCUCAGGCCUCAGAGUCCCUAUAAAGAGGGGUUCCCAGCUCAGAUCAGCACAACACUUAGCCAGCUUCUAAAGCUUCUGGGCUCUGCACUCUCAGCUCUGUAUAAACUUCCCCGGCCCCAGCAGCACCAUGAAGCUCUGCGUGUCUACCCUCUCUCUCCUCCUGUUCGUGGCUGCCUUCUGUGACCCAGCGCUCUCAGCACCAAUGGGCUCUGAUCCUCCCACUUCUUGCUGCUUUACUUACACCUCUUGGAAGAUUCCUCGAAUGUUUGUGACAGAUUACUAUGAGACCAGCAGCCUUUGCUCCAAGCCAGCUGUGGUAUUCCUGACCAGAAAAGGCAAGCAAAUCUGUGCUGACCCCAACGAGCCCUGGGUCAAUGAGUACGUGAAUGACUUGGAGUUGAACUGAGCUGCAGGAGGAGCCUUAAGGGAGGGCCCCCUGAGCCCUGACACUUCUCAUUGAGAAGUGCCUUGCUCCUUCCAUUCGGAAUUCCUGUCCCACUUCUUAAUUUAAACCUUUAUAUUGACACAGUUAUUUUUUAGGUGUUAUUUCUAUUAUUUAUAUUUGGUUGAAGGACAUGUGUCUCCCAUGGGGAUGGUCCACCAUUACAGUUUCUCUGCUAUUGUGGAUAUGAUCAUGUAAUCGAUUUCAUGCGUUUUCAUAAUAAACUUUCUUUAAAAUAUA